AUAUUGCAUUGCACACAUAUAUCUGCAAUAAGGAGCAGCGCUGGCACACAGGCAGCAGCUCAGCAGAAGAGUAAAGGUGGUGGUGGGGGGGGAGACAGUCCCUGAAGCAGAGGUUUUAUUUUUGGCGAGAAGGACAAUUAUUGCAAAGUUUUAUUUGCAGCCGCGGGGGGCGGGUGCAGAAGAAAAAACCUGCAAAGGCGGCGGGCGAGCCGUGCGGGAGGAAUGUGAAGGCGAAGGAGGAUGCGGCGGCGCUGAGGCGGCUCCGAGAGGGCUGGCUGCCGGCGGAUCUUUGCAUUCGGCGCCGGGCGCUGCAAUGGCGGAGGCUGCGCCGGACCGGGACCUGAGGAAGUGCGGGGUUUUGCGCAAGUGGAAGAGUUUGCACCGGCGCUACUGCGUCCUGCGGGCGGCCAGCGAGAGCGGGCCGGCCCGGCUCGAGCUCUACGAGAACGAGAAGAAGUUCCGGGCGCGGGGCGCGGGCCUGAGGCGCGCGCUCAGCCUCAGCUCCGGAUUCACCGUCAACAAGCGGAGCGACUCCCGGAGCCCGCACCUGGUGUGUGUCUACACCCGGACCGAGAGCCUGUGUCUGGCUGCGGACGGAGCCGAGGAGCAGGAGAGCUGGUACCGGGCGCUCAGCCAGCUGCUGCACAGCGGCAAAGAUCAAGAGGAAAAUGGGGACUCCAACUACACCAUGGUGCCCGGUCCACCUUUCAAGGAGGUCUGGCAGGUCAACCUACGGCCGCGGGGCCUGGGCCAGUCGCGGAACAUGAGUGGCAUUUACCGGCUGUGCCUGACCGACAGAACCAUCAACCUGGUGAAGCUCAACUCUGAGGUGGCAGCCGUGGUGCUCCAGCUGCUGAACAUCCGGCGCUGCGGGCACUCCGAGAACUUCUUCUUUGUGGAGGUGGGCCGCUCGGCUGUCACGGGGCCUGGAGAGUUCUGGAUGCAGGUGGACGACUCGGUGGUCGCCCAGAACAUGCACGAGACCAUCCUGGAGGCCAUGAAGGCCAUGAGCGAGGAGUUCCGGCUGAGGAGCAAGAGCCAGUCGUCCAGCUCCAACCCCAUCUCCGUGCCGUCGAGGCGCCACCACCUGCCAAACCCGCCGCCCAGCCAGGUGGGCUUCUCCGCCAGGAGGAGCGGCACCACCUCGCCCGGUCAGCGGUACAGCUUCGCCAGGGCCCGGACCUCCAGUGAUGGCUGCGGUGCCGCCUCCCGCCCCGCCUCGGCCGACGAGGCGCCGGCCAGCCCCUCUCCCGGACCCCCCCACCGCCAGAGGCUGACCAAAACCCACCCGCCUCUGGCUCAGACCAGGUCGACCCCCGACCCCGUUGCCCGCCGCUCGCCCCGCGCCGCCAGCCCGGCCCCCGGCCCCUCGCCCGGCGGCCGCGACCCGGGACGUGCCCGCCCCCCGGCCCCCGGCUCUCCCUGCGACCGAGGGUUCUCCUCCUCCUCCUCCAUCCCCUCCUCCUCCGACGACGGUGGCGGCGGCGGCGAGGAGGAGGAGGAGUUCGGCUCCAGCCCCGGCUCCUGCGGCGGCUUCCCGCUGCCCGGGCCGGUCGGCCGCCAGCACGGCCACGACUACAUCGCCAUGGGUAGGCCGGCCUCGGCCGGGCAGGGGGACCCCCAGCGCCAGCGCAGGCCGCUCCGGCGGGCGUGCAGCCGGGGCGGCGAGGAGGAGGAGGAGGAAGAGGAGGAGGAGGAGCGGGGCCUGAGCAAGCGCGCCUGGCCGGGCAGGGUGGCGUCGCGCAGCUGGAAGGCCGAGGGCCGGCCGGAGGUGUGGAGGCCCCCGGCCACCCCUGACCCCGCCGAGGGAGGGCGCCAGCAAGUGGCCGACAACGGCUACGUGGCCAUGCUGCCUGGAGUGGUGCCCGGCCAGGGCUCGGGAGGCGACUACAUGGCCAUGACGCCCAAGGGCACCUCGGCACCCCAGCAGGUGGGGACCCCGGGGGCCGAGGACCCCCACGGGAGCGGCUAUAUGCUGAUGUCGCCCAGCGGGAGCUGCUCGCCCGAUGGCUGGGCCCGGCCCGGCGGUUCCAAGUCGCUGGCGGGCAGCGGCGAUUACAUGAACAUGUCGCCAGCCAGCCGCUCGGCCUCCAGCACGCCCCCUUCCGGCCGCCACCCCCACCCCACCCCUCCCCGCGGCGGGGAAGCCAAGGUGGCCGACUCCCGCCCCCAUUGCUAUCACUCUCUGCCCCGCUCCUACAAGCAGCAGCCGGCCUCCGCUGCCUCCUCGGCCCAGCUCUCCUGCUGCUCCUCCUCCUCCUCCUCCUCCACCAGUAGCAGCAGCGACAGCCUGGGGGAGACCGAAAGCGGCCAGCCCCCUCCGGCGUCCCAGACCCCCCAGGCCCCCUCCAGGCCGGGGAGAAGAGGCGGGUUCUCCCGGCCGGCCGGCCUCUACCUGGACGUGGCGAGGGCCAGCACCCUGCCGCGGCGGCGGGAGAACCCCCUGCCCUCGGAGCCGCAGAGCCCCGGGGAGUACGUCAGCAUCGAGUUCCGGUGCGAACCGCAGGCCCCCCGCCCGCUGGCCCGGCCUGCCUCCUGCGUGGGUGGGCUCCAGCGCCUCCCCCUGGCCGCCUCCGAGUACGCCAACGUGGACUUCUGCCGCGAGACGCCGGUGGCUGCGCCGGAGACCCGGUGCAGGAUGCGCAGCCCCCUGCCUGCCGACGGGGCUGAGACAGCCUACUGCCCGGGUGCAGCCUUGCCCGAGGGCGCCCGGGACCCCGCCGACCCGCCCGAGCCCAGCCACGACCCCCGCCAAGGCGCCCGGGUGGUCCGUUCUGACCCACAGGGGCGCCGCCGCCACUGCUCUGAGACCUUCCUGACCGCCCCCUCGACCCCCGUGCCCGCUGCGCCCUUUGCUGACCGUGUGAGGCGCCGUGGCUCCGCCUCCUUUGAGGGCGGCUGGUUGAAAGACGGCAACGCCGGCGGGGCAGAAAGGGGAACCGCGGAGGAGCCGUGCCCGGGAAUGUCACGGCACAUGUCGAUCGGCUUCGAGAACGGCCUGAACUACAUUGACUUGGACCUGGGCACAGACAGCAGCUGUGUGGAAGGGUCGGCCUCACAGCCAAGAAUUUACACGCAAGCAAACGGGAGCGCUGCCUUGAACACUUACGCCAGCAUUGACUUUCACAAGUCCGAAGAAUUAAGAAGCCAUAAAAGUAACAAAGAAGGGUUCGAGGCCACAGCUUGGGGUCUGGCUGGAAACUGACUGGGCUGCCUUGGUUACGUGACAUAUUUUACAAGAUUGUUGAUAUCAGGCGCUCCCUUGUUUUCUGAAGCAUUGAGGGAAUGUUCUGCAGCCAAGCAACUGCUCUCCCCCCACCACCCCGACCGAGCCGCCUCCCACCAAACCUCAUCCGAGCUACGUUUACAAUCAAGGUGCAAUUUUCAGCCAUUUCAAGCUACAGCCAACUCACCUCAGGAGCCGGACUUCAGAAAUAAGUUAUUACUUUAAUUUUGCACAUUGAAACAUUCUGCACUUAGUCACGUCCUCGAUGUGCUUCGAACUACCGUCGAGUCUUUCAGGAGAGGAAAGGUGGGCUGAGGUGGGGGGGGCGCGGUGUGGAGGAGCCGAGAAAAAGCAUAUUGCCAAGCCAAUCUGCAAAACAGCAAGUGUCCCAUCAACCGGAUGCAAACUGGACUAGCUCGCUUUCCCGAUUCCUGUAUGAACUCCUCCGUGCCUGGUCACAGGCCGACAUAGGAAUGUUGAGUGGCAAGUUGCAAGAGGCCAAGACUUGGGGUACGGAUGUACCAACGCCUCCUGCACUGCGAGGGCCGAAUGUUUGCAACCUGCCCUUGCCAAACUCAAGAACAUUGUCAUUGUGACUGUAUUUGAUGCUUUUAUUUAACGUUACUUGUUGAAUCAGCCGCAGUCAGCUCAUAAAUGCCUUUCUGUAGAGGGAGAGCAGAUGUAAAGCCAAUCAGUUUGAGUCUCCUUUCAUUUUCAUGUCCUCUCCCUCCUACUGCAACUGAUCAUGAGAGAACCUGUAAGAGGUGCACUGUCGAAAAGAUGACACUUCCAGUGCCUUCUCGAUCUAACUUUUGACAGACAAAGAUGGCCACUUGCCUUGACUGGAAUGGGGCAGAAGCCAGCUUCAGUUCCCAGCUCAAACUUCACCAGCACAGUGGCUGAACCAGCCAACGCCAUCCAGGUGCCAUGUACCCUACCCACACAAACUGACCUCUCAAACCGCAAAGAGAGCUGACGCACGUUUGCGUUUAGAAAAAUAAUGGCAUCCACGUGUUUUCCCGAACGCGUAGUGAGUUCUUGCGACAAUGAGGGGGUCUUCGGUCUCGCGUUACCAACACUGGUUAGACGUAUUCCUGGAGCUUUCAUCACACAUGACCUCCCGACCUCCAGUCGCCGCACUCUCUCUUCAUUGGCCACCCGGUAUGUCCAUCCUCGUAGCACCCCGCCUUCCCACACUGAUUGGCCAGUGAACAGACUCCUAAUUAACUGAUUGGAUGGUAGUGACUGUCAGCCUCUUGGUCUCAUCUUCCCAAUGUUAUGAUAAAUUUUCAGUGAAAAUAUUAACGUUUUUAAAGCCACUGUGACAUUUCUCUGGAGUGAUGCUUGGAGCAGUACCCUGGAGAUUAAUUUUCAAUUCCUGGAGACUGCUGGAGUGUUGGCACCCCCUCCUCCUGCCUAUGUAAGCAGCCACUGCUGCACCCAGAAUUGAAAGCUAGGAGCACCUUGAGUUUGCACCUCCCAUCCUGACAGACUCAGUGGAGAUGUUUUUUCAGUGGGAUGAUGCUAUGCACCUGGAUGUCACAGUGAAAUUGAGUAUUUAAUAAUUGGGCUAUUGGCAUUUAUUGGCAAGAUAUCAGUGUUGCACCAGCCUAUAUUUGCAUUAUAUCAAAGAGAUUGUCCCAAUUGUCCUUGCACUGACUUCACAAAGCCUAGUUCCCUGACCGCCUUUUCUUGCUCUGUUUUUGCAUUUCUCUUUCCAUCCCUCUUCUCUCUCCUAAUUUACAACAAUCCCUUUCUUCUUCACUCUCAUCUUUCGUUCUGUGUCACACCUCUGUCUCUCUUAACUCUCGCUCUCUCACUUAUCUUUUCCCAUCUCUCACCUGUCUCUCAUUCUCUCUCUUUCUUGUCCCUCUUCCCCUCCCUCUCUUUCCAGUUUUCCUUCAAUUUUGUUUCCUCUCUCUCUCCCUCUCCCUGUGGGUGAAUACCCUCCUACCCAUUGGGAUGUCUUUCACUGAAGGCUGUCAGCCCCACCCUCACACGCACGCGCACACACAGACACAUACACUUACAGGCACAUGCUGGCACACACACCGGCACUGACAGACACGCACACACAAAGACACACACACACACUGACAAACAGACACACGCCCAU